AAAGUUAAAAAAUGACGGUCACGAACAUCUAGUUCAUCAAAUAAGUAGGUAGUACCAACGAAGAGGGCCUAGGGAAGCCGACGCUGCAGUGGCGGGCAGUGUCGUACACAGUGCACUGGUAUUUUUUCAGCGACAGUCGAUUCUGCGCGACGGGAUUUGUUAUUUGUUAUGUUAUGGAGUCGAGAAAGCCAACUCGGAUGCGACAAACUGAAAGUCCUUGAAUUAUCAAGUCUCUUUAGCAUAAGACGAGUUCAUUAAGUUAAACUUAUUCGCAGGUUUGCACACUUUCUUAGCUGGGAACACGAAUACAAUUUUGAGUCAAUUGUCUCAGUGUAACUGUAACCUCAAAAUCCUAACGACUGAUUCUCUCUCAUUUUAUUGUAAUCAAGUGCAGUGCUGAAGCUUUCGUAAAUUUAGUGCGUUUCUGCAUUAUACAAUCUUAUAAAUAUUAUAUAUUGACUCCAUGGUGUAGUUUGUGUGUAAUUUGAUUGAUGCUGUUGGUGCAUUGGUUGACUAUUUUGACCAACAAAAAUCAUGAUACUAUGAGGACCAGGGUGUAAACGUUCAGUGGAGAUAUACAAUGGAAGCCAAUAGUGAGAAUGCAGUUAUUAUUGAAACUGGCCAAGAGAUUCACAUGCCAGAUGUAAGCAAGUCUAAUGAAGCAGAACUCUUGAGUGACAGUCAGAAUGAACUACAGGGAGCUGUGAUAAUUUAUGACAAUGAGUCUCAAGAAGGACAAGUAGUCAAACUAAUCACAAACAUUAAAUCUGAAGAUAAUGUUUCUGACCAAAAUCCUGAUCUGGAUAAUGUCAUUACACUUCACGCAUCUUUGAAUGAUUCCAAAGAUGAAGAAAAUGUUGUUGCUAUACCAAGUCAGGAAAUUAUAAAAUCAGAAGCUUUAUCCAAAUCUAAAGAACCAGAACCAAAAUCAGAUUCAGAUACAGAUGAUGAUGAAACUAUUGCUACGUUUCUUACGUCCACUGGCCAACAGCUGGCACUGUAUGCAGUAGAGGAUUCAGAUGAUAUAUUUGCAGUAGCUCUGUAUGAUGAAUCUGGAGAACCACCAACAAAUUUCCAUUUUCUUAUGAAAUCUGAUGUCGAAAGGCUGAUUGGAGAAGGUGCUGUGAAAACAGUAAAGAAACCUUCUGCGCAAGCAAAUAAGCAAUUAAAACCAUGUGAGAAAAAAGAUGAAGAAAUUAAAUUUGAAAGAGUAAGUCAAGCACCUGCAUCUGUAGAUCCAGUUAAAAAAAAAGAAGAUAUAUUGGAGAAAAGUUUAGUAGGUAUCAAAACAGAAAUCAUUGAGGUUUCUAAACCUCAAGAGAAAGUACAAGAAGUCAAGGUGCGAAAAAAAGAGACACCACUUACAAAGAUAGUUACAAAAAAUCACGACGUUAAUAGUAAAAAUGUCGCUUCUACAAAACAAGUUGUUAAUCAAACAUCAAGACCUGUUGUUACUCAAACAAGACACAUUGUUACUCAAACAAAGCCGAUUGCCACUCAAGCAAAGACUAUUACUGGUCAAACAAGACCACUAGUAACUCAACCAAAACAAAUUGUAACACAAGCAAGGCAUAUCGUUACCCAACCGAGACAAAUUAUAGCCCAACAACCAAGGCAAAUUAUUGCUCAACAACCAAGGCAAAUUGUCACACAAACAAGGCAAAUAGUCCCUCAGCCGAGAAAAAUAAUGGCUCAACCACGACAGGUAGUCACUCAACCAAGGCAAUUCAUUGCCCAGACAAAGCAGAUGGUUAUUCCAGCAAGGCAAUACGUUAAUCAAACAAAACAUUAUGUUCAUCGAACAAAACCACAAACUCAAACAAUAAAACCAACCGUUGUCUAUCAAGCAGCAAAACCACAAACACAAAGCAUUAAAUCAGCCGUUACACCACUAAAGAAGCUUAAUAUCAAUCAGAAAGAAAAAAUCACUUAUGUUCUUCAGAAUCAAGAUGAAUCCUACGUACUAGAUCUAGAUAGUGAUGCAGAAAUACUAGAACAAUCAACAGUGCAAUAUAUUCUCUGCGACGAAAACCUAUCGGACUCUGAGUUAACAUUUGAUGAAUUGCAGGCAUCUAUACAGAGUUUCAAAACAGGCAAACCACCACCGUCAUCACCACUACCAACUACAACAACAACGACAAUGACAACGACAACGUCUAAAGUCGAGUUACAAAAGACGAAGAAAGAAACGCCGAUAACGAAAUUCGCAUCAAGCAUACGUAGCACACCGAAACCAGCAACAAUACUAACUCCCAAAAAACAACUAACGACGCAAGUCUAUCGUACGUACAAGAAUCCGAAAAAAGCACGAAUGACGAACAAUCUCCUGCAGGCACAUCGCAAGAUCAAACAAGAAGUAAUAGAUCCGGCGUACAGUGAUUUUGACGAUGGACACAUGUCUGACGAUAACAUGUCCCAAAGUAUACCAAAUUCGACUCUUGACAGUUCGAGUGGCGUGAAAGCAAAACGCUCUCGAAAGCAACAGUUGACGGUUGUAAAUCGUGGUGACUCGGAGAUCAUAAUUCAGCCAGCAUCUGUUUAUUCCGAGGAAGAAGAGGAGCCUGUAGUGCAAAGACGUCGCGGUCGAAGAAAAAAGAAAGUGACAGCCGAUCCCGAUUACAAUCCACGUCAACCAGCCAAGAAAGGUAGACGAUCGACGCGACUUGUCGAAGUAAUAGACAUUGACAUUGAUGAAUCCGAACGAUCCAACGUUAUGGAAAUAACACUGGACGGUAAAAAAGGUUCAAGUGACAAAGAGAACGACGUGAUCAGUGUGGGUGACACGGAUGAAGAAGAUGACAAUGCACCGCGUAAGAAGAAGAUACGCAAGCCGAUGAUGCAGUGUAGUCACUGUAUGCGCAAUUUCCGUAAACGUCGGGCACUCGAGAGGCACGUGCAAAUAUGUCCCAAGUCACCGGCUUAUUUAGAGAAGCUCGAAGAGAGAAAGAAACUCGGCGUCGACAAGAAGUUUAAGUGUAAGUCGUGCGACGAGUAUUUCGAUAUUGCUGUUGCUCUCGCUAGACACGUUCGAGUUGUACACUCACCAAGAAAACGUGGUAGGCCGGCUAAAAAUUGGUCUAGUAGAGGUGACAAAUCCGAGACCGAUGAGACGGACGAGAGUAUGGAUGAAAGUUCACCCGAAAGAGAAAUUGGACCGAAGAGACGAGGAAGACCGCUACGCAAGAGGAGCGCUUCUAAAGAAAAAGAUAAGAGUCCUAUACUAGAAGGUGAGCUAAAAUCAGAAGCUUCAGCAGAGAGACAACCAACAUCGUCGGAACCUCGUAGACGUGGUCGUCCACCAGGAAAGAGAAGCUUUUACGUGGAAAAAUCUGUAACUCCAGAAUUAGAAGAUAAAACCGCAAGUUCUGACGAAAAGAAGGUUGAAUUAUUGACACCGGAGCCACGAAAACGAGGAAGACCACCUAAACGGAGUAUGUAUCGGGACGAAGAGUCUGAAGAUGUAGAAGAAAAGAUAGAAAACAAGACAGAAGAAACUUCUGAGUCUUCGGUACUGCCUAAGAAACGCGGUAGACCGAAGAAGAAAAGUGUAUCGAAGGAUGAAGAAACAGAUAAUGCCGAUGGCGAUGAAAAAAUAGAAAGCUCUGUUGACACUCCCUCGACUGAACCGAAAAAACGAGGUCGGCCCCCAAAGAGAACGCUGUCCAAAGACGAGGAGCCAACAGAUGAUGCAAAAUCAACUGAGUCCGAAGACAAAGCCGAGGAUGAAUCUGCGAAGAAACAUAAACUUAGUGAAGAGGAAUCGUCAGAGAAGAAAAGCGACGAACCACGAAGACGUGGACGACCACCAAAAGACAAACCUGUCUUUUUCAAGGAAGAGAAAAUAAUCGAAAACUUGGAGGCUGAAACCGAGACGGAAGAAUCGCGAAAAAGUAGCAGAUCGUCGUCAUCGUCGAAACCAAUAGAUGUCGACACAGCUAAGAAAAUCAAAACUGAAGAGAUGGAUGAAAUGGAAGAAGUCGUGCUCAGCUCCAGUCAGACUGGUAAACUGAAGAAACUCAACUGUUCAGAAUGUGGUAAAUGGUUCUCCAGUGUUAACGCACUCAAUAGCCAUCAACUUCAGCACAGGACCAAAAAGUCCGCCAUAAUGGUAAGUCGAUGCACGGACUGCGCAGCUUUGGUGCCAAGUAAUUCGUUUGCAAGGCACAUGGCCAUGCAACACGGUAAAUCGGUGCCAUCAACGUCGUCAACAGCAACAAAAUCCGACCGACCAACAACAUCAACAAUAACAACUCAAGUUCAAUCAGCUGAAAAAACUGUCAAAAUAGCACAGCGAAGCUUGCGAUCGUCAACUUAAAAAAGAAAAAAAAACAACAAAGUAUUGGCGAUGGCUUAUCGAUGUGUCGGCGUUUAAUCUCGUUUUUCUCUCGCGAAUAGAGCAGUUGAAAUAGUUUUAGAUUAUAGCAUCGCUUUCUCAAUUUUUUUAGUUUCAUUUUAUUAGAAAUACAUAUAUAUUUUACAUAUCGUUAAUGAUCGGUUUUGUUCGCAGUCAUUCUAACUUUUAUUAUUGACGGAAUUAUGUUACGUGUUAUUUCAAUUUAUGACUUAAAUUUGGUAACAACUGUUCUCAUGAUUCAUUGAUACGCCGACGUCAUUUGCCUAUCGGCUGAACUUGUUAUUAUUAGGAAGUGUUGUAAUAUUUUGAUAUUGUUAGUUACAUUGACUGCAGGGAUCUCUCGUGGAAAAAAAAUUAUUGAUUCAAAUAUAAUAUAUUUUUACAACGAGUUUAUCGAGUAUCAAUAUUCUUUGCGAUAUAUAAUACAGUUUGCGAAUCAGUUGCAUUGCGAUAUAUUCUAAGUGAGUUUUGUAUACUCUGAUAAGAUUCGAAUUUAUUUUCUUUCUUUGUGUAAAAUUGCUUAUUUUUAUAUUUGUAAAGUUAAAGCCUUUCAUACUACAAUUUAAUCGGACAUGAGUUGCGUGGUGUAACUGUUAUCUUUAUAGCUUUGAGAAAACUACCAAUGAAAGGUGUCAAUUAAUAAGUAUUGAUUUCAAAAAAGAGAUUAAUUUCAUUACUCUAAAUUUCAAAAAAAUUAAAGUUGUACACACUGUACAAUGAACCUUAAAAACAACUGCUUAAAAAAUAUGUAAAUGUAAUAAGUUUAUUAUCUUUGAAAACUUGACGUAGUCAAUAAUUUUACAAAUAUGCAAAUAAAGUCAUUCAGAGAUUGAAAUUUAUUGUACAGUCAAUGAAGCUACAUAUUCUAGGAGACUGUUAUACUGCGUUGAGUAUAUAUGUGAGCAGUGUACUUGAAUUAUAACAAACAGCCUUUAUAAAGGCUUUUAGGAGCUAUAAAGAUAAAAUUGCACAAAAAAUUUUCUGUCAGUCGAUAAGCCAUGUUGAGAAAACGGAAAAGAAUGAUAAACGAAUUUCAACAACAGUUGAAAAAGAAAACACUGUAAAUACAAACACAAAUAUCAUAUUUCAAAACUGAUGUUUUAGUAUAUCAGUAAACUAGACUAUUUCAAAGGUAAUCUUUUUGGACAUAAAUACAAAGAAAUUAUUACGAAAUGUGUGGGUGGCAGUACGUAUGCAUAUUCUAUGUAAUAACUCGCGUAAUCAUUAGUCAAGAAAAAUUUAAACAAUAAUGAAUAACAAAUAAAAUGGUGUUUUAAGAGACUCACGUUUACACUGUAAAUGGUGCUCUUAUUUUGAUACAGCCUUAUGUAUAUACAUAAAUUCACGUCAAAACAAACAAUCAAUAAACAAAUUAUAAAAUCACACACAAUUAGACGAAAAAAUAAAGUGUAAUA